AGUCUAACAUGGCUGAAAUGCCUGAAUGACCACGCCAGAUAUUUAGAGUUUCAGAUGACAAUUUUCACCAGUGUCUUGGUGACAGACGGGCAAGAUGAGACCGUUUAAAUUACUGCUCAUUUUGGCUCUGGUAGCUGCUGCACUUUGCGAACAUCAGACAGAUGUCGCUGAUUUUGAGAAAGACGAAUCUCUAACUGAAACUUCUACCGACUUGAACGAAGAAGAACCUAAUAAUGGAAUCAGUGCUGAUACAAACAAUGAAGUGAAAGAUCCAUUCUGGCAUAGUAGACGUCGUAGAAGACCUUAUAUCCGACGCAGAAGAUCUUAUGUCCGACGCAGAAGAUCUUAUGUCCGACGCAGAAGAUCUUAUGUCCGACGCAGAAGAUCUUAUGUCCGACGCAGAAGAUCUUAUGUCCGACGCAGAAGAUCUUAUGUCCGACGCAGAGGAUCUUAUGUCCGACGCAGAAGAUCUUAUGUCCGACGCAGAGGAUCUUAUGUCCGACGCAGAAGAUCGUAUGCUCGACGCAGAAGCUCGUAUUUCAGAAGAAGAUCAUCACGAAUAACAAAGCCUAUAAAAUGCAUUCCAAACAAGUUCCGUUAUGAUUCUUGUGGAAGGAGAUGUACAGUCGCAAAUGGUCGCCUUGUCAACUGCUAUAGAGUGAGAAAAGACUUCGAAUCGAUGUCCUUAACAGAGCAAAACAGAUACGUUAAAGCGUUCAAGACCAUAUCAACGAGGCAGCCAUACAAACGAACAUAUGACAGACUGAUAAAAAUGCACGAGACAAACUUUGAAACCCGAAUCCAUCAACAACAAGAAUUUCUUCCAUGGCACAGGUGGUUCAAUCUCCAGAUUGAGAAUCUGUUGCAGAAAGUCGACUGCAGAGUAACACUUGCCUAUUGGGACUGGAGUUUGUGGUCACAUGAUCCCUGGAAUUCUAAGAAGAUCUGGAGUGUAGGACAAGGUCUUGGUGGUAACGGCAGAAGAGGCGACGGGUGUGUAACAACUGGACCCUUCCGUGUUGGAGUAUGGAAGACGACCUCAGGUGACUGUUUACGAAGAGGUUUCAAUGGAAACCCCCCAGAUGCUGAUCAGGUGGCAGUGACUCUUAGAGAACCAACAUUCCUUAAGUUUGAAGUCAUGUUACGUGUCAACAUCCAUGAAACAAUGCAUUGUUUGAUAAAUGGCACAAUGUGCUCUGCGAGAUCAGCUGAAGCGCCAGAAUUCUUCUUCCAUCACUCCUUUAUCGACAAGAUAUGGGCAGAUUAUCAGAAGAAGGGAAUCAAGCAUAAGUUUGCAUACUUCAACACAAUAAGAAGAAAGAUGGUUGGCGUAAAUUAUUACCCACGUGCAGUGCUGGACAACAGCAGACUGCCUGGUGGAGUUCGUGUUUUAUACGAGGAGCCAACAACUCAUUCGGCUAAGAAGAUAAGAGCAUUCUUAGCAAAACUAAGCACGAGAGAGCUUCAAACAUUGCGUCGUCUAUCAUUUUCAAGAACACCUGAAUCUGCAAAGAGAAUGUUCCGUUUGUCUUCCAAAGAGAGAAAAUUAGCCAAAUCUUUAGAGAAUGAAGCAAUGAAAGGAGUUGAAAACAAAAGAAGCAGUUCCAUCUUCGCCAGGACAUUUUCCUCGUUGGAACGAGUAGAAGGCUUCCGCAUUCCGAAGUACUGCUCUAGGCCGAGUGCCUAUAGAGGGGAUAGCCCAGAAGAGGAUCAAAAUACCAAUGUGGAGGAGAAUACUGAGGUUGAAGAGUUGAAUGAAGUGGAAGAUCCGACGGAAGAAGAAGAAGAGUGAAAACUCCAGAAAACUGCUUUAUACACUUUUGUAGGAUUUAGGUAACGUUCUUUGCUUAAUUGAACUAAUAUGAUAAGCGGUAUUUGAACAAACGAUAACAGUGUGGAACCGGACCGUCUAGAUGUCCUCCAGGAUACCUUCUUCAAAAGCUAUGCAUUAAGAUGGUAUCUCAAUGUAUUUGUCCGCUGAAGUUUGCAGGCGGUUUUUGCGCUCUUGUUUGUGUAGCAUGUGCAUGACAAAUUUAUUUUCUUUCUAUCUUUGGGAAUAUUUAAUAUUUUGAAAUAA